UCUCACAACUUUAGACUUGUGCAUGAACUGCUUUUCUUCAGUAUCAUACACAACUCCAAAGUUCCUCCAAGGGGCCUUUGGAGGUGAAAGGUUUUUAGCUGACUGGAUCUGCCUCUUGAUAUCCUUGUCAUGAAACUCGAACUGGUAGCCCGAGUCUUCAAUAGCGGCAUUUAAGUGACGAGCUGUAUUUUCCAAGCAUACUAGCUUGUUCUUCUGACCUUCGUUCUUAGUCAUGAUUCAUUUGAUCUUCUUGACUAUGUUCUCCAAAAUUUUAUCAUUCUUGACCAAACUUUCCUUAAUUUUAGUGCAUUCUGUGUUAAAGUGGUAUUGAACGUUCUUAUUUUCUCUAAGAAUCCUCUCAGAAGCUACAUCAGAUCGUAGUAAUGUAGAAUGCUUAAUGGGCAUUAAUAUUUCUCUUUUCUUAUGAUUAGGGAUUCAUUGAGAAAUGUAUUGGGACUUAAUUUGGCUCUGGAUUUUUUUUCAGUCAAGAAUUGAGUCUGGCACCUCUCUAUUAAAUAAUGCUACAGAGUCUUUAUCUAUCAUAUUAUAGCGUUUUCAAAGUUUAAGGAAACUCCUGGUAUCUUUAAAAGUAUCGUGACUCUAUUAAGUACUUACAAUGUUCAAUAUGUUUUGGGUAUUUAUGGUGAGGGACUAGUCCCCAUCACAAAGUUCAGGCUUUGUUCUCAUAAGUUAACCUACUAUUCUGUUUAAUGUUCUCAAUAAAAAAUUUAAAAUCUUUGGAGGAAAUGCUCACCCAUUUCAAAUUCCUCUUAACCCUCUCUUUCAUUUCUCUCUUGUCCAUGAGUUUCUUUUUUCAGGUAAAACUGUACCGGGUGACAUUAUCCAGUAUUAGCCUAUUCUCCAUUUUUACUAUUAAUAU